AAAACUGACAGCCAACCACCACAACUACACGCACAGGCAUCGUUUGGGAUGCGGACGGCCAAAUAAAUACGACAAGAAAACACAGUGAAGUAACUUGGGCGCACGGGAAUACCUGUGGCAAACCGGACAACCCGCGACUGGAACCGGACACCGGACAAAGCAACGCCUUCUGCCAUCAACUGCCCUUGCCACAGAGGGCAACGAGUUUCGCGGGUUUCCGCGGCCCCACACCAGCCGACACCCACAUCUGCGCCCGUACUGCCCGCAACCGAUCAACAACCAAACCCCGGGGACAGAGUUGGAACACAAACCACACACACGCACGGACCGAACUUUCUCCCUCCGGGAAGAAGAAGAAUCAAAGCAAUAAGCAGCAAAACCUCAUCACCAACCGAAUAUGAUGAUGCCGCAUCGUCAGGCACCAUCGCCUCGUAGCUGAUUACUCUUCCGUUUUUUAGGAAAUAACACGCCUGAUCGAUUAUUAGCAAUAAGUUUGUGGGUAGGUGUGGAAGCGAUAACUAGUAGGCAAAAGAAAGUUAACCUAGCAACAAAUACGAUAUGAGCGACGUUAUCAAGUCCCGGCGUGAGCAAUCACAAAAGCGAAAGAUGCUGCUCGCUCAAACCUUUGGUGUGUCCUGUGUGGAAGAUCUGAAGCACGUACUCGGCACCGCGGAAGGCUCACCAAUCAACAAAUCGCAACGGUACGAGGACGAGGAAGCCAGCUCGUCGAAAUCGUCUGAAACGGCCGAAGGGCUAGUGUAUCGGGAUUCGUCCACCUUUCUAAAGGGCACACAAUCGUCCAAUCCGCACAACGACUACUGCCAGCACUUUGUCGAUACGGGGCAGCGGCCCCAGAACUUUAUCCGUGACGUCGGGUUAGCGGACCGGUUCGAGGAGUACCCGAAGCUGCGCGAACUGAUCCGGCUAAAGGAUGAGCUGAUCGCGGAAACUGCCACACCGCCCAUGUACCUGCGGGCGGACCUUAAAACAUUCGAUCUGAAAACGCUCGGCACCAAGUUCGACGUCAUCCUGAUCGAACCGCCGCUCGAGGAGUACGCACGGGGUGGUGCGGCAGUGGCGGCCGGUGCACCACGCAACUUCUGGUCGUGGGACGAAAUACUCGCGCUCGACAUUGGCGAGGUGGCCGCCCAUCGGAGCUUCGUGUUUCUGUGGUGCGGUAGCUCCGAAGGGCUGGACAUGGGACGCAACUGUUUGCGCAAGUGGGGCUUCCGACGGUGUGAGGACAUUUGCUGGAUACGGACAAACAUCAAUUCACCCGGCCAUUCGAAAAUUCUCGAACCGAAGGCCGUGUUUCAGCGCACCAAGGAACACUGUCUGAUGGGCAUCAAGGGCACGGUACGGCGGUCGACCGACGGAGACUUCAUUCACGCGAACGUGGACAUCGACUUGAUCAUCUCGGAGGAGGCCGAGUUUGGCAGUUUGGAGAAACCGAUCGAAAUCUUUCACAUCAUCGAACACUUCUGUCUCGGGCGCCGCCGGUUGCACAUUUUCGGGCGCGAUUCCACGAUACGGCCCGGCUGGGUAACGAUCGGACCGGAGCUGACCAACUCGAACUUUAACAGCGAACUGUACGCUAACUCGUUCGAGGAAAGUCCAACCACCGGGUGCACCGAGCGGAUCGAAGCGUUGCGACCGAAAAGUCCGCCAGCGAACGGGAAAGUGUUACGGGGCCGGGGCCGUGGUUUUCCCCGUAUUCGGGGGAGAUCGCGUGUGUAGAAUACCCCUGUUACCUACACAUCUCAGGGCGAUAGGGAGGGCAAAGGGGGGAAGGGGAGGGGAGGGGAGAGGGAGAAGAAAUCCUUCCAUUAUGUGUUUUUUCGUUCUUUCUUUUCAUUACAUUUCAUUUUAACACAGCCUCAAAAGCAACAAGAGGAAAAAGAAGCAAAAGCAAAUACAACAAAAUAAAACUAUAAUAUUUUCAAGAAAACGCUUA